GGUCGCAGACUUGGUAGUGAGGGGGAUACGAGAGUUCUUUCUCUUUGUUUAUUUCUUUUUUAAUUUCACCAAAAUUUAUUUUAACAUCUUUAUUUCCACAGCGAAUAUUAUUUUAGCCAAAAAGUAGUUUUAUCAGUGGCUCUUUGAGUUUUUUCUUUUAUUCUACAUCGAAUUUAUAAUUUUAACCAAUGUCGCAGAGAACUCUAUCGUCAAAUGCAGUCAAAGCCCCUGUGAGGCCUGCUCCCCCGCCACCAUCAAACAUUGCAAAAGUCAACACAUUCCAUGUGCAACAUGCAGCUGCGGCAUCAUCUAGCAGCAGGGCACCUCCACGACCAAGUUCAGAACCGGGUAAGAAGAAAAUAGCUCCACCAAGGCCCCCUCCACCCAAGGCCAGUGCCCAGCUCAAGGCAGUGCAGAAUGCCGUGGCUUUCGCUGGAAUGAUUUCUCAGCCGAGAAAACAAGCUCAGCUUCCGUUGACCUCAUCUGUAACGGCCCCCGAUCUUCUUAUCAAUUGGGAUUCGCCGCCAACCUCGCCCACUCCCGGCCGAUCAUCCAGCGACUGCCUCAGUCUCAAGAGCUUUGGAUCGGAUAGCAGCGGGACCCAGGGCGCGUUCAGCACCAUGACGCGAAGCGAAAGUGGAUUUGAGAGCGAGCCCGACGCUUGGAGUGAAACAGCUGUCACUCUGGCCGCACCCGUCAGAAAUGAGAACGUGAAACCGUUUACCAUGCCGACGAUUAUCCGGCCGAAUCGAUCCAGACCGCCCCCUCCGGCCAUCAAAUCGUCUACUCACCUAAAAGUCUUGGAAAAGAUGACCUCCUCCAUUCCAUCAGCAGCUGCACCACUACCACUACCGCGAUCGUCGUCUCCUUACCUGGCCGAUUUGCUUGAUUUAGACGUCACGGUCGGUGCCGAUGACUAUUCACCGCCGGAGCCGUGCAUUCCGCCACCGGCCCCUCCGUCGUUCCUGCUCGUUUCAUCACUCAGCGCCGCUGUUGCUGCCGCCGCCCCGACGCUGACGUCGUCGUCUCCUCCUCCGUCCCUCGAGUUGGGUGUAGGCCCUGACGCUGGAUCAGCAGUGGCUCUCUUUGAUUACCAGAGUUCACACCCCGGAGAUCUUAACUUUAAGGAAGGAGAGCGGAUCGUGGUAUUAUCUCAAGUUAACGAAGAAUGGUGUAAGGGGUCGAUUGGAUCGUCGCAGGGAAUGUUCCCGUUGAGUUACGUCCGCCUCGACGCCCCACCGACGCCAGUGGAGACCAGCCGAGACGCUCCGCCGUCAUCGUCAAAUCGGGCAGUGGCCUUGUACGCCUUCGAAGCCGAAACUGAUCACGAUCUGAGUUUGAAGGAAGGUGAUAUUGUCCGAGUGAUUGAAUCAGUGGGCAACGGCUGGCUCUACGGAGAAGAUUGUCAAUCCGGUCGGCGCGGUCAGUUCCCCGAAUCUUUUGUCCGCCGAGAAUUGAAUUGAAUUGAAUCACCCACACACGUCCCACCCACCCACCCACUCUGGGAAUUAAAAAAAAAAUGCGCAUCGAUGAGAAGAUAUAAAAAGUUUGAACCAAUCUCGAAAAAUCUUGUUAGAGAAAUUCGUCGCCGCCUUGCAUCUGAUCGCCUCUGUCUAUAAUUAUCAGAGAAAUGUUGUUUUCAACUUAAAUCAACUUUGAAGAGAUAUAUAUAUACAAUUUCUUUUCGCACGUGUCUAUUGCCUCGGUAAGAGUGUGAGGAUAUCGCACUUUAAUUUAUAUACAUAUGUACAUGCCUGCAAAAUGAAAUACAAUUCCCGACCCAA